GGGUUUUCCUCUCACUCGGGGAGCCCCAGCCUGCUCAUGUACGCUGCGAUGCCGGCCUGAUCAAAGGCCCCAGUCUCUCACACGUGCAGAAGGCUGGCACGUGAGCUCAUUUGUUACGUUCCUCCGACUGACACAAGUCCUCCCAUCACAGAAAUGACUUUUCUGUGAAUUUGUAGGGUUUUUGAAGCUUCCGUCUCCUCUUCCCCAAAACCCUAACCCUAAUUUCCGGUCUUGGAUCGAGAUGGACAAGAGCAUGCUUGGAGAUCUCGAAUCUCUUCCUGAAGAAGAUAAGAUCAGAAUGUCCGUCAUGAUCGACCAACUCCAGAUCCGCGACAGUCUGAGGAUGUAUAAUUCACUGGUUGAGAGAUGCUUCACUGAUUGUGUGGACACCUUCCGAAGGAAGUCCCUAGACAAACAAGAGGAGACGUGUGUCCGUCGGUGUGCUGAGAAGUUCUUGAAGCACUCCAUGCGGGUUGGAAUGAGAUUUGCAGAGCUCAACCAAGGGACGGCCACACCCGACUAAUUCCUCACAACUUCGGAGGAAAUCUAUUUGCUGAUGUUUAACAAUGAAGGAAGCCAUUUAUUUGGGAUAAAUCACUCCUGUUUUAGUUUUUGUUUUCUUAUGUUUUUCUCUCACUCCUGAUUGGGAGUUUCCGGCAACACAAUCCCCGGAAUUUUUGUUUUGAACUCAUGAUGACGAGCAUAAGAAGCCCCUGACAGCCGUUGGGAACUUUUUUGAGGAAUUUGAUAAAAUUGAUUGUUACCUAUCAA